GUAGGCCGCCGGUUAGCAGGUGGCCUCCUUCUUCCUCCCAUCGUCGCUGCUUCUCCUCCCCUUCGUAUUGCUUUUUACUUGCGAUUUUUUCCAUCGGUUUUCUCUACUGGGCUUCCAUAAAUUAUGCGAGUCGGAGGUUCAGACACUAUGCAGUUGAUAGGGUUUUGAUCUUUAGGGGGUUUUCUGUUCAUGGUCUUCUGAAUUGGUCUGGAUGGCUCGGAGAUAAGGUUCGUGCUUGUGGGCUCAUAAGGAUGUUGGCGUACGCCUUGGCCCUGUUUCUUCUAGGACAACUGUUCUGCUCCCUUGCGAACGGGUACCGAGGUUGCGAUGAUGGCCAUCGGAUUUCGUGGUGGAGGCCGCGGGCGUGCGGUCCAGGUUGGAGGAAUGGUGAAGACAGCAUCUUGUUCUGCAGGGAGCUGGAAUUUUUGCUCAGAAAUGGGUGUUUCUCCAGUUCGGAGAUGGAGGAAUGGUGGAGGCUUGGCCAAGACUGCUGCGGUUUCAGCGGUUCAAACCCUAGAGGGAAUGUUGCUCGGAUAGUAGCACGAAAGGAAUUACUGUUUUCAAGGAAUGAAGGAUUUCAUCGCAGUAAUCUUGAGAAUGUUGAUACUGCAGAGGUAAAGCACUCUGACGUGAAGACAGUGGCCGCUGCUGUAUCUGGAAUAUUCUUGUUAUCUUGCAGUAUUCUGUGUCCUUGCCUGCGUGCUAAAAGGAAAGAUGCACACACUGUUCUCCCCAAAGAUCAUUCAACUUCUUUUGACUCAAAUUAUAGAGCUGAACGUACACCAGGAAGCCCACUUCGUGCACCUCCAAGCCCACUUCGAUUCUCACGCACUCCAGAAUUGAGCAGGGUUGGAUCAAUACGUUUCAGCAUCGGCCAGAUUAUCAGAGCUACUAAUAAUUUUGCUCCAACAAUGAAGAUUGGUGAAGGUGGUUCUGCAACUGUAUAUAAAGGUGUGCUGGAAGAUGGCCGGGUUGUAGCUGUUAAACGAGCAAAGCAGGGAACAUUUGAGACUCUACAGAAAGAAUUCAGUACUGAGAUAGAGACCCUAACAAAUGUUGAGCACCGUAGUCUUGUGAAGUUGAUUGGCUUCGUAGACGAGGAUAACGAGAGCAUUAUUGUUUCCGAGUAUGUUCCAAAUGGUACUCUCCGGGAGCAUCUGGAUGGUCUGAAUGGAAAAUCUUUGGAUUUUGCUCAGAGACUAGAAAUUUCCAUUGAUAUUGCUCAUGCGCUCACUUAUCUUCAUGUGUACUCAGGUAAACCCAUCAUCCACUGUGACAUCAAGUCAUCAAACAUUUUGCUGACUGAGAACUUGCGCGCUAAGGUGGCAGACUUUGGAUUUGCAAGAGCAGGUCCAACAAAUGAAGAUGAAACUCACAUAUCCACCAAGGUAAAAGGAACAGCUGGCUACCUGGAUCCUGAGUACGUGAAAACUUAUAGGCUGACAACAAAGAGUGAUGUCUUUUCUUAUGGAAUUUUGCUCCUUGAGAUCUUCUCUGGACGCCGGCCUGUGGAAGUCAAUAGACCUGCAAAUGAGAGGAUCACUGUGAGAUGGGCCUUUCAAUUGUUUAAUGAAAAGAAGUUGCUAGACAUUCUGGAUCCGUCGCUCGAGUCCCCAGGACCGGAGAUAUUACAUGGUUUGUUUCGUUUGGCAUUUAAUUGUGCCGCUCCUAUUAGAUCCGACAGACCCACUAUGAAAGAAGCACAGGAAGAAUUGUGGUCUAUAAGAAAAGAAUAUCACAAGAUGCUGAGAUCAAUGUGAUAUUCUAUGUAAUUAGUUUCUUUCUUUCUCUUUCCCCAUAUUGUAUUUUCUGUUUGUACUUGAGGAUAGACAGAGUUUGUUGUACUAUGCCGAUCCCGAUCGUGAAGUAAAUUUAUCUGCCUGCUACUUUCAGUAUUUA